CUCCUGACAAACGCUAGACGUCAGUAGAAUAACUUCCAGAGUUUUUUUUUCUUCUUCCUUCUCCUGUUUUCCGGGUAAUCAAGUGAAACUCCAACUGCUUCAACGCCUAACUGUGCUGCUUUGUUUUGCACUUUAACCAGCUGAUCGUCUCUGGAGGCAAACAGGAUGUCGGCUGUUAAGAUGACUGAGGGCAGUGUGCAGGUGGAGAGCUGCAAAGCUCCGCUGUUCUACAGGCAAAGUGAACCUGCCACAGGAGAUGUGAAGAUGUCAGUUUUGCUUCUCCAUGGUAUCCGCUUCUCAUCAGAAAACUGGCUCAGCAUCGGCACUCUGGAGGUUCUGGCUAAAGCAGGCUGUCGUGCCGUUGCCAUCGACCUGCCAGGAUUUGGUCGGUCGAAGUCAGCCGAGGCCCCGGCAGCUGUGGGAGAAGUGGCUCCAUCACGUUUUCUGAAGGAGGUGUGUGAGCAGCUGAGUGUGAGCCCGGUGGUGGUGAUCAGCCCGUCCCUCAGCGGGAUGUAUUCCCUCAACUUCCUGCUGCAGCACCCGUCUCUGAUACGAGCCUUCAUCCCCAUAGCUCCCAUCUGCACCGACAGAUUCACAGCAGAGCAGUACAAGAGUAUAAAGGUCCCAACGCUGAUCGUUUACGGCGACCAGGACACUCAGCUUGGAGAGGUGUCGCUCCGUAACCUGAGCAAUCUGGCCAAUCACAGCGUGGUGGUGAUGAAGGGGGCGGGUCACCCUUGUUACCUGGACGACCCGGACACUUGGCACAAAGCUCUGACAGACUUCCUUAGUAAUCUGUGAAGCUCUUUGCUCGAUUUCAGUGGAAAGAUUCUGAACCAAUCAAACGUACGUGACUCAGAGGGAAAGAACACGAUGCUUCCAUGAGGAAUUCGGGCUGCGACGUCCUCCUGCACUACCUGAUUCAGCGUUUUACUGAUGUCUUCAAAUCAAGUCUGAUCUAAUGAUGACAGCAGAUUCACUUUACCCUUCAUUUUCUUCUUAGUCUUCUUCCCGGAGACUGGAACUUCACAGGGUAUCUCUGGCUUUGCUGUAGCACAAAUUUCUUGCAUCUCUAUUGUUUCUGUGACUUCAAGUUUGUCCACAGAAGUGUCCCUCUUCUUCUCCUUUUUUGAUUGGCCAUUGCAGGCAGUGGGGCAACUUUUUGGGAAAUACUGGCAAACUCGGCCAGCCUGGCAGAGGAACAGAUCCAUUUAUCAGCAUAUCUAAAGCUCACUGAUGAACAUGCCGUCUUUUUGUUUUAUCCACACAAACACAAGUGUUAGAGUCUCUGCCAGUUGUGUGGCAACUGGUUCACGCCUAGAAGUAAUUUUGCAACAUUAAAAUGCAGAGAUAAGAAAUUUUACACUUUGGUUUUUGUAAAAAGUUAAUUAUGACUGUGGAACUUUGUGGAAGCUCUGAUAUAUCGGUCACAGCACUCAGUAAUACAGAACUGGCUGAAAACAAAACAGACACGGAUGCCUGGCAUCAGCCAAUAACAGAUGUUCAGUGUAAAGAAAGAAUGAUAGAGUGCCACCAAAAUGACCCAAAAAGAAAAGAAAGAAAAAUCACAGAGAUGAAAGAGUUACAGAGAGAAUGCAAAUUGACCACAAUGCGACACAAAAUGACCAAAACAUGACACAAAAUAACAACAAAAAGAUGCUAAUUAACACUAUCACAGACAAAAAGAUCAAAAUGAGACAAAAAAAACAUUAAAUGCUAUAAAACUUCUCCAUGAUGAAGACGCAAAGCAAAGCAAUUGUUCACAAGCCAUGAUCUCUUUCUAUUUCUGCUAUUUUUUUUAUAUGGCAUGACCACGAUAGUAGAAAUUGAACAGAUCCAGGCAGGCCAUCUCCCCUAAGCUAAGUGGCUAAGAAAGCAAAUGACAGUAUUUCCCAAAAUGCUGAAACUUAAUAACAUUAAAACUAAUUGUAAAGCUACAAUUAUGACUUUGCUUUUUAAGAGAUUUCAUAUUUUCAAUAGAACACAGUGCAUAAAUCCUUCACCAGUUGUAUUUUGCUGAAAAACCCAAACACCACGAGAUGAAAUGAAGUGAAAAAUAUGAACAUUAUUUAAUAACUGAUUCUCUGUAAUAAACAAUUUGAAAAUA